AUGGAUGUUGCCCUCAAACUUAGGAGCCGCAAAUAUACUCCGCUUAUUCCAACAACCUAUGCUUCUUUGGAUGAUGCAAAAUCUCGCGGAUUUGAAGCCGAGAGGCCGGAUUUGGCCUCUUAUGGGUUCCCCGUUUCCCCUCCUUGUCUUUUAUCGUCUCGAGGCCUUCAUCAGGUUGUCCACAGUUUAACGUGGCGCUGCAAGAAGGGCCUGCGUGUGAGAGAAACGAGAAUUCUUGAUGGAAAUAAAAUGGGACAGGUCCGUUCGCUCUCUGGUGUCCUUACACGUUCCCGACGAUCCGUCGGACUUCCAGCAAGGAAUCGUUCGUCCACAAACCCUGCGACGGGGAAAACGGGAUGGAAAGUUAGAGCAAUUAAGCAAAGUGUAACCCGUAAAAAGAAUAGGGGUGUGCUAGCACUCCGGAUAGAAUAG